CAAUCAGCAGUCCGAAUGUCCCUAGCUUCACCAAUCAGGAUACAGGAGGUCGCAGACUCCCAACCAAUCAGAGGACACCGAGUCCUCAGUCCCGCCCUGUCUUUUCAACGUACUUCCGGUCCCCAGGCCCAUCCCCCACGGUCCGCAGCCGCUUCCGUGGUGGGUGGAACCAUUGUGCGAUCGUGUCCCGCGGGGCGGGGCCAGGGCUGUGACGCAACAGAGGGGCGGGACCGAAGGGAUCCGGACGCUGCCGAGUCAAGUGGGGCCCGCGGGGCGGUGCCAGGUUGGCAGGGACACCUGGCGACAGAGCAAAGAAGCCUCGGACGCAUCCUGGCUGAAGGACGUCCCCAUGUGCCAGAGUCGCUGGAGACCAGGCGCCCGUGGGCAGUGAGACCCCCUGGCAUGGCACAGGCCCUGCCGCUCCUGCUGCUGCUGGGCUGCUGGGCCCGGCCAGCCAGGGGGCAGCCGGCCGGCACAUACCUGAGCAUGGGCGACGGCAGCACCCUGGAGUUCGACUUCCCCGAGAGGAGCCGGGGCAUCAUGGUGGUGUCCAGCCGCUACCCGGGCGCCAACGGGACGGCAGGCGGUACCCGGCUCAGCGCAGCCUCGCUGGCGCCCGCUGUGCUGACGGUGGAAAACAUCAGCACUCUGUGCUGUGGGGCGAGGGGCUUCCUGGUGGCCAUCCGCUCGGGCCUGGCUGGGCUGGCACCGCUCCGGCUGCGCCUGCUGGACCAGCACCAGCUGGUAGAGGAGCGAGGCGAGUUCCGGGUGCGAGUGCUACCAGGCGAGGAGCCGGAGCACCUGGGGUUGGGCCACUUCUCGGAGAACCCGCUGCUCUACGCUCUCCUGCCCCUCAUCUUCGUCAACAAGUGCGCCUUUGGCUGCAAGGUGGAGCUGGAGGCACUGCGGGAUCUUGCGCGCCAGCCUCACCCCGUCCUCCUGGGCAUCCUGGGCCAGUUUGUGGCCAUGCCCCUCUACGGCUACCUCAUGUCGCUGGCCUUCGCCCUGCCCAAGGCGCUGGCGCUAGGGCUGGUCGUCACCUGCUCCUCGCCAGGUGGGGGCGGCGGGUACCUCUACAGCCUCCUGCUGGGCGGGGACGUCACCCUGGCCAUCUCCAUGACACUGCUGUCCACGGUGGCGGCCGCCGGGCUGAUGCCGCUCUCCUCAGCGCUCUACGGGCGGCUGCUGAGCGCCCACCAGAGUCUGCACGUGCCCUUCGCCAAGAUCCUGGCCACGCUGCUCUUCAUCGCGGUGCCCAUCUCGGCUGGCCUGCUGGUGAAGUGCAAGCUGCCUAGGGUUGCCCGCCUGCUGCUGCUGCUCAUCAAGCCCUUCAGCUUCGCCCUCAUCCUGGGCGGGCUCUUCAUGGCCUACCACAUGGGGGCGUUCAUCCUGGCUGACGUGCGGCCACCUGUGGUGCUGGCUGGACUGAGCGUGCCCCUCUUUGGCCUCCUGCUGGGCUACCUCCUGGCCGCCUGCCUGCGGCUGCCAGGCCCACACCGCCGGACGGUCAGCAUUGAGGUGGGGGUGCAGAACAGUCUGCUGGCCCUGGCGGUCUUGCAGCUCUCCUUCCGCCGCCGGCAGGCCGACUACGCCUCCCAGGCCCCCUUCGUGGUGGCACUGAGCAGCACGGCUGAGAUGCUGCUGCUGGUGCUGGGCCAUCUCCUCUAUAAGAAGCUGCGGCCGCCAGCCAGCCCCUGAGCACCCCCUGCCCCGAGAGGGACUGGGCCCCCUGCUGGAGGCAGCUGCAAAGAGGGCUGUGCUUCCCCAGCCGCUGAGUGCCUCCUGCUGGGGGCAGAGAUGGGAGGAUUCAGGGACCUGCUGUACAAGGAACUCUGGGCCCAGGGCCCUUCCCCGCGGGGGCAGUUAGAAACCAAAGUCUUUCACAUUGGGCCCUAAAUACCCAGCAUUAUUUUUAUAUGAUGUAUUUUCUAUGCUGCUGGCGGUGGCCCCCCAGGAUGUGGGGCCUAGGCUGUUUACAGGAGGGGGGAGCACCCAGGGUGAGGGUUUGAAUAAAGGAGAGAGCGCAACACCGUUUGUGGAUGGAGCUGUUACUGGGGGUGUGGGAGAUAGCAAAGGAGGGGGCUGUAGGCAGCUGGGCUCCCUUUGCUCAGCCAGGACAGGCACAACCUUGAUGCCACCCUGAGAGCAAACAUGGGUGCUGGCCCCAGUGCAGGCUGCUCGGUGCCUGACCCCUGGCAUGGAGAGUGGGGAAGCUAGGAGCCCAUGCCAGGCUGUCUGCCCUGCCCCUCUCUGCCGUGCCACUUCCAAGCUUAAU